AUGAAUUUAGCGCGCUCGAACUCCAACUUCAAAUCAAACGAAACAACAAACCAUCAACCACACUCUUUUUGGCAUCGCGAUCUUGAUGCAAAGUACUGGCAAUCUAGGCUACUGCUACUCGGGGCCUAUACAUGGGUAUCCCUUCACACUCAUGGUAUGGAUGGCAUGCCACACACCCCGACGAGACCCGCAUUCAAGAUGCAGACUCGCAGAAAAAUUGGAUAUCAAACGCCCCGAGCGCUUCUCGGCCAGCCCAGAGUUGGUACCCAAGGCACCACACUCCCUCUCUCUCGUUUGAUUCAUUUCUCCAUAUAUAUACAUCGAUCUUCUCUUGGCCGUCACAGUCAGGGCACUGGCUAUCUCUUACGUGACUUGCCUUGUUUCCGUCCUUCCUAUUCAGACCAUGACUAUAACACCAACGUUCCUGAGGAUCCAGAUGGUGUUCGGGGAUGCCGUCUCAUGGCCAGGUUCUAG